AUGACGACCUCCAGUAUCGAAUUGGCCGGUGUGGAUGAGGAAGUUUCCGUCAUCGGCAUGAUUUGGUCCUGCGUCAACGAAGCCGCCUGGUUUGCAGCCGGCUUCCUUCUCUUUCGAUUGGCGCUUCGCUACAACCUGCUCCCUUCAAGCAUCGAGCUCUGGACUCCGCAGGCUCUACGAACCAAGGGCACGAAGGGCGGCAAGUCCCCGAGUGCUUCAAAGCGCUGCCUGGCCACACAAGCGAUUUGCGAACGCAGCGAAGCUGGCGAUCACCAAGCAGUCCUCGCAAAAUGGAACGAGCUGCGCGAGCAGCGAGGAAGGCCGGAGGCCGCCUCCCUGCAGCUUCCGGCUUUGGAAGCUGUGGCCGAGGCCUUGGCCACCCGCGAGCCCAACAAGUUGGCCGAUGAGCUCACGCAGUUUCUGUCCUUGCAUCCCUUGAUGGCUCGCCCCUCGACGACUCAUGGCCUCGUGGCAUCCAUCUUGAAAUCGGGGCAUCCGGAAUUGGCCCAAGCCUUCGUCGAACAGAUGGAGGCGGAGAAGAUGCAGUCGGCUGUUGGCCCCAAGGUUUAUGACAUGAUCUUGGGUCAGUUUGCCGCCAAGGGCUUCUAUGCCAAAGUCACCACGCACCUGGCGCGCCGGGAGCCCGACUCCGAAACUUGGGCAUCCGGCUUGAAUGCCGCUGUCCGGGGCUUCCUUCAGGGAGGCCACCUGAAACUGGCCAUCAAGUGCGCACAGGAGCUGCAGGAGCAAGGCCACCCUGUGAGCCCAGCCUCUGCUGCUGCCAUACUCGAUGCAUCCUGCAGCAAGAAGGAAUUUUCGCUCGCGAAGGUGCUGGACAUGUUGGAAGGUGUCAGCCUUCCCAUGGAGUCUGCCGCGGCAGUCAUGUCAACCUGUUUGAAGAUGGAUGACACCGUUUCUGCGCGGAAGCUGGAAGCCCGUGUGCGAGCGCACGGGCAGGUACCAUUCGCAGUGCUGGAACCUCUGCUAAAGCUCGCUGCAAAGCAUGAUGAGGAAUGGGCCCAGCGGCUGAUGCAGGAGAUGCAGGAGAGAAACAUGUUCCUCUCAGAGGGCCUCUGUGGUUUGGUGCUUUCUCGAUGUGGUGAAGCUCGUCACAUUCAGCUUGCGGAGGUGGUACAGCAAUACCUCCGCGACCGGAAGAUGACCAGCUUGGCCACGUACAAGACCCUCAUGAAGGUCUACGCUACUUGCGACCUCUUGGACCGUGCAUGUGAUCUGUACGACGACAUUCUCGCAGAUGGCAUCUCACCUGACAGCGUCAUGUACGGUUGCCUGGCCAAGUUUGCCGCGAAGUGCGGCCGUGACAGCUUGUCAGACCGUCUAUUCAGUGCAGCAUCAGACAAGCCUGAGGGUGGUGAUUCUCAAAACUACAUGUGGCUGAUCCGGUCAGCAGGACAGAGGCAUGAUGUGCAACGUGCGAUCAACUUGCUGCGGCAGCUGCAGAAUCAGAAGGCUGUGACGGUGGAUGCUGCCAUCUACAACAGUGUCCUUGAUGUGUGUAUGUCGAACGGAGCAACGCAACAAGCGGAAACCAUCUUCCAGGAGAUGCUGCAGAAGAAGCUGGACACCCUGAUCACCUACAACACGCUCAUGAAGGGCUAUGCCAUGAAGGGUGAUCUGUCGCGCGCACGCCGUCUUCUUCAGGACAUGCAGGAGGCUGGCCUGAAGCCCAACUCGGCUUCGUUCAAUUGCCUGAUCAGUGCAGCAGUCACAGGAGGCGACUACCAACAGGCCUGGUCCAUCUUCGAAAGCAUGCGGAAGUGUGGCGUCGAGGCUGAUAGCUUCACCGUAUGCAUCCUCAUGAAGAUCGUCCGCAAAGCCACGAACCGCCGUGAUGCUCAGAGGGCCUUAAGUGUGCUCGAUGCCUCGGAGGUGGACAUUUGCAAGGAUGAGGUCCUGCUCAACACCGUUCUUGAUGCCUGCAUUCACUUGAAGGAUACGCGGCGACUGGACUGGAUCUUGCGUGACUUCGAAGCUGCGACGCUCCUUCCCUCCGUGCAGAACUAUGGCCUCAUCAUCAAGGCCUACGCCUGCCUUAGGCAGACAAGGAAGUGCUGGUCUGUCUGGCACGAGAUGACGGACAAGAGCCAGCGAGGUCUGGUGCCGUCGGAUGUGGCGUUAAGCUGCAUGCUGGACAGCAUUGUUAGCGCGGGCCAGGUGGAAGAUGCUGUUGCGCUCUUUGAGCAGUGGCGCACCGUCGUCCCUCCCAAUACGAUCAUUUAUUCCAACCUCAUCAAAGGCUUCGCCGCGCAGGGGGAUGCUGACCGGGCACUGGACAUGUACCGCCAACUGCGGGCAGAAGGUCUCAAAAUGAAUCUCGUGGCGUAUUCCACGCUGAUUGAUGCGCAGGCUCGGGCUGGGAAGAUCGACAGGGCGCACUCUCUUCUGCAAGAGAUGAAGGAGGAUGGCGUUGAGCCCAACACCAUUACAUACUCAUCCUUGGUGAAGGGGCACUGCAAGGAAGGUGACCUGGACGGUGCCCUCAAGGUAUUUGAACAAAUGGUUGCCAGCGGAGUUCUGCCUGACACGGUCAUGUACAACACAUUGCUUGAUGGCGCUGUUCGGGCCUGCCGCUUCAGCUUGUGCGAUCAGCUCUUGAAGGAGAUGUCACAGUCUGGUGCGGAGCCCUCCAAUUUCACCCUGUCUAUCGUGGUGAAGAUGUGGGGAAAGCGCAAGAAGCUGGACAAGGCAUUCGAAGUCGUGCGAUCGCACGCAGAGGCACGCACCCUCCAGCUUGACUCCAAGCUAUGCACAUGUCUCAUGAGCGCGUGCUUCCACAACGGAGCACCACAACGAGCCCUCUCAGCACUUGAGGAGAUGAAGACCUGGCCCAACUGCGACGGCCCGGACUCCGGAACUUACGAGCAACUCAUCGAGCAGCUUGUGAAGGCCUCCUGGAAGAGUUGA